UUUUAAUUUUUCUUUGCUCGUCUGUUGGUAAUCAAUGGUAGUUACAUAUAAAGAGAAGUACUGCUAUUCAUUAAAAAAAGAAUACAGCAGGAGCCCUUUGUCUGUAGCAAUCCAUUACGUUCUUCACCCUAGAGCAGCCUCCUGAACCACAUGCUUUCUUCUUACCCUACUACAAAUUCUUAUUACUGAUCAUAUAGACAAGUUUUUGCGUCCAGUAUUAGAAAAAUGUUUUUGUUGUUGCAGAAAUGUUAGUGCUGAGCUUACUGGUCUUAAUUAACUUGGAUGGAGUAUUGGGAAAGAAAAGCCAUCAAGUUAUUUCCCCAAAAGGCAAUGGUAUCAUCGUUUCCUAAUAGCCUAUUAAUUCGUUAAAACAAAGGUCUUAUUAUUCAGUAUACAUUCAAGAAUUUUCAAGGUGUUUAUGCGAAAGUAUGAUUCAACAGUCAUACCCUCUUUUCUUACAAGAGCUUGGGGAGGCUGCAUACCUGACAAUAGCCUUACUUCCACCAUUGUUUAGAAAAUCUCGUUGUGGGAUCAAGUCACAAACUCAACUUCUACAUUGCUUCUCAGCGGUUGAAUUUGGCAUCUUGUCCCUUCUCUCCCACCCCCUCUUAGCUAUUUUCUUUUUCCAGGUUUGUUGUCUUUGAUUAUGGAAGAAACUUAAAAAUUGUGGCUGGCAGCUAACCUGAAGGCCUCUGCUUUGAAUUAGGAAUUCCUGUUGAGCAUGGCAUCACGGCAUUAUGCAUCCCUGGCUCAUCGAUUUUAAGGCAAGUGAACGGGGUUCCAGCGAGCCGAGCAGACAUGAUUAUUUCAGUUCUUAAGAAGCAGGCUGGUCUAAAGCUUCAAGAUAAUGGCAUCUUUUUAAAUGUCGUUAGUGGGGUGACACUGACAGAGACUGCUGGUGAUCUCGCUAUAGCAGCUGCAAUUUGCAGUAGUUUCCUGGAAUUUCCUAUUCCCAAUAGUGUGGCAUUCAUUGGAGAAAUUGGCCUUGGUGGCGAGCUUCGCCCAGUAUCAAGAAUGGAGAAGCGGUUGAAUACAGUGGUGAAGCUAGGAUACAAAAAGUGUAUUGUCCCCAAAUCAACUGAGAAACCUCUUGCAGCUAUUGGCACUGAGGGGACAGCAAUCUUGGGAUGCAGGAAUUUGAAAGAGAUGAUCAAUACUGUGUUUACAGCGAACAGAUUGAUAUGAAGCAGGAGAUCUAUUUACCACCUUUGUCAUAAAUUAUGUACAAAUAUUGUGCUGAUAUUCAUAUAUUGGAUGUAAAUAGUGAACUUUUUUGUAUUCUGGUUUUUGAGCCGGCAUUUCUGUUUCCAUUUUUGUUAGCUAAAUGCAAAAUUUAAGAGGAUCAACUCACUACGCAUCGUUAGUGUAAAAGAAUGGGUGGCAUGUUUUGAGAAGAGGAACAAGAAGGUUAUUAAGGAUCCUGAUUGGUAUUGUUUU